ACCUCUCUCCUUCUCUCUCUCUCUCUCUCUGUCUCUCUCCCCCUCCCUCCCUCUCUCUUUCUUUCUCGCUGUGCUCGGUGCCUACCACAGAGAAUGCCUGAGAACAAGCCAGUGAUUGGCCUUUCAUGGGAACCGAAGGUGCCGAAUUUGUCAUCAGGAACCCAUAAUGGGUCUGAUAGCAAAUCUCAAGAUCAACCUGAAACUAGUGCACUUUGGAAACCCAAUUCCGAGCUUGUUGAUGGGCUUUUUGUCCCACCGAAUGACCCAAAAAAGUUAAACAAAUUGAUGAGAACGCAACUCAAAGAUACUACUGGGAAGAGUUGGUUUGACAUGCCUGCAAAAACCAUCACUCCAGAGGUCGAAAAAGAUCUGCGGUUACUGAAGUUGCGAAGUGCCAUGGAUCCUAAGAGGCACUACAAGAAGGGUGAUUCAAAAUCAAAAACGCUGCCCAAGUAUUUCCAGGUGGGCACAGUGGUAGAGCCAGCAUCAGAAUUCUUCACAGGUAGACUAACAAAGAAGGAGAGAAAGGCAACGCUUGCAGAUGAGUUGCUAUCUGAUCAUACCCUUGCUCAGUACAGGAAGCGCAAGGUUCGAGAGAUUGAAGAAAAAAAUCGACCAGCUGGGAAUGAUAAGUGGAAGAGAAAGGCUGGACAGUCACGGAAGCGUGGAAAGCAAAGAAGGCACUGAUAGACAUAUCUUCACUAUUUUUUUUAUCAGAUUUUUCUGCAUCAUAUUGGUAAGAUUAUUACUGCCAAUGCUAAGUUAACCAGAGAAAGAUGUAACAAAAAUGAGAUAUUUGUAUCAAAAGAUGCAUGAGAAACAGAAUUCGUUGAUCUGAUCAUGGCUAUAUUUUCA